AUGGGGGAGCGGCGGGCGGCGUCCCGGAGGCGGAGUCGGAAGUCGCUCGGCGGGUCGUGGAGCUGCGGCUGUUCCGCGGCGGGGUCCUGCCGGUGCUACAGCAGCGGCUGCGGCGGCGGCGGCGGCGGCUUCUGGCCGCGGCCGCCGACGGCCCGGCUCCCGUGUCUCCAUGGUAGCGUGAGCAGCUACCGCCGCCUCAUCCACGGCUUCGAGGACGUGCUGAGGCGGAGGCUCCGGGGCCACCUCAGGACCUCACGGUUGUCCCCAUCGAUCAAGAGUGGAAUAAUUGUCACAACCCAGAAAGCCUCAUCGCAAGGAAGCGAUACGCUUCUGCUAUCUCAGAGGCACAAGCAGAAAAUGAAAGGGGAUACCGUGAAUGUGCGCCGCAGUGUCCGAGUAAAAACUAAAGUCCCCUGGAUGCCCCCAGGCAAAACAUCUUGCAGAGAGUCAUCGUACAAGUGGGAGGGACCGACCCAUCGCCUGGAAAUCACUCCUCCAGAUUCCGAAAACUUACUGUCAGUGCUUCGCUUGAGUGAUCUUUCAACCGACGAGGAGGACGCCAUUCACUGCAAGAUGAACAAAUACGAGAAGAAGAUUGACAGCUUACUCAAUGUCGUGGGCACAUUGAAAAAUGAGUGCAAGAUGCCGAAGAGGGAGGAGCCGCGAUGCGUGGCCAAGCGUCUUCUCGAAGAGCAGAAGGACGAGCUGGACGAGGUCACUCAAGAGCUGGUGGAGACAGAGCACGAGAACACGGUCCUCCGACGCAAUAUUGAACGGAUGAAGGAGGAGAAAGAUCUCAGCAUCCUCCAGAAGCGGCAUCUGUUGCACGAGAAGGAGUGUUUGAUGUCUAAGCUGGUAGAGGCAGAACUGGACGGGGCAGCCGCUGCCAAACAGAUCCAGGCCUUGAAGGAAGUGGUUGGGAAACUGAAAACUGAGAAAAACAUGACCGUUUCUGACAUCAGCACACUGACUAGGCAGAAAGAGUUGUUGCUGCAGAAGCUGAGCACUUUCGAAGACACUAACCGGACGCUUCGAGAUCUGCUCAGAGAGCAGCACAGCCGGGAGAAAGAUGCUCAAAAGCUGUCAGAGCAGCAGGCGACACUGAUGAAAAGGCUGACUGACUCUGAUGCAGAGAAGGCGCAAUUGAUAAAGAAACUACAAGAAAAAGAAAAAGAAGUUGAUGAUUUAUUGGUUCAGAUACAGACCGAAAAGGAUCAAGCCAAGACGGCAUCUGAACUCUCAAAGUCUAUGGAAGCCGUGAGGGGCCACCUGCAAGCACAGUUGCGGAAUAAGGAAGCCGAGAAUCACCGCCUGGGUAUCCAGAUCCGGAAUCUGGAGCGGGUAGCGGCUCAGCAUAAGGCCGAAGUAGAGAACAUCAUGGAACAGUUGAAGGAGCUGAAGGCCAAGGGAGAUCGGGACAAGGAGGCCCUGAAGAAAGCCAUCAAGGCCCAGAAGGAGCGAGCGGAGCGGAGUGAGGAGUACGCCGAACAGCUGAAUGUCCAGUUAUCGGAAAAGGACGCCUACGUGGCCGAAGCAUUGUCCACCUUGGAAUCCUGGCGGGCCCGUUACAACCAAGUUGUGAAAGACAAAAGCGACCUGGAGGUGGAGAUAGUGAUGUUGAACAGCCGAAUGUCAGAGCUACUGGAGCAGCAGAACACCAUGGAAGACAAAAUGCGGGAAGACCGAGAUGCCUUGGUGGAUAAACUGCACAAGCAGGUCACAGAGAGCACCUCUGUCAAGCUGGAGAACGAGAGGCUGAAGAAUAGCAUGAUUCCACUGGAAGAGCGGCUGAAUCAAGCACAGCAGGAAGUGGCGAAACUGAAGGCAUCCCUCAAGAACUACGAGGGCCUGAUUGAAACCUACAAGAAUCAGGUGGUGAAAACCCGCAUGGAAGCCGAUGAGGUGACUGUGAAAUUGGAGCUCUGUGACAAAGAGAACAAAGCACUGAAGGAAGAAAUGGCCAAGGAGAUUGAAAAUGCUCGCAAACAGUUCCAGAGCCAAGUUGCUGAGCUGGAGAAGCUUCCUGAGAUCUUGAAAAUGACCGAGACCAAGCUGGCUGAGUGUCAGGAUCAGCUUAAGAGUUAUGAGAAGAAAAAUAUGGACCUGUCCGCCAUGAUUACAGACCUCCGUCAGCGGAUUGAGCUUCAGGGGGACAAGAUGGAAUUGACGAGGGAAAAGUAUCAAUCAGCCCAGGAAGAGAAUAAGCAGUUGACUCUCAAACUGGAGGAGCUGGAGAGGAGGCUUGAAGCCACGAGUGGGCAGAACAUUGAAUUCCUCCAGAUCAUUGCGAAGAGGGAAGAGUCCAUCCACCACUCCCAGCUCCGUUUAGAGGAGAAGACCCGGGAGUGUGGGUCCUUGGCACGCCAGCUGGAGAUGGCCAUUGAUGACGCGAGGAGGCAGCUGGAGCAAACACGGGAUCUUGCUGCAGUGAGAGAACGGACAGCCCAGUCGAAGAUGCUGGAUUUGGAAACGCAGCUGAGCAAGACAAAGACAGAGCUGAAUCAGCUGCGCCGGAGUAAAGAUGAUGCAGAGCGCCGUUACCAGAGCCGCCUCCAGGACCUGAAAGAUCGGCUCGAGCAGUCCGAGAGCAUGAACCGCAGCAUGCAAAACUACGUUCAGUUCCUCAAGUCUUCCUACGCCAACGUCUUUGGGGACAGCAUCUUAGCCAGCUCUCCCAUUCGUCCCCGGUCUCCUCCGUAGCGGCACCUUUGCCCUCCUUGCCCAGCAGCUCCUUGCAAGGGGCUCAGUUGGUGGGAGGGGGCGCGCAACCAGCCUCAAAGCCAUAAUCUGGUUCUGGAAUCUGCGUCUCUCGGAUUCCUCAGAUGACCG